UGCAUGUGCUUUGCGCUCGUUGGACAUGUCCAAUAAUAGCUUGAGUGAAGAGUUUCCAAUGAUAAUCCAUCACUUGUCUGGAUGUGCUAGAUAUUCAUUGGAACAAUUAUCUCUAAGCAUGAAUCAAAUCAACGGCACACUACCCGACCUCUCAAUAUUCUCAUCUUUAAAAAAAUUAUAUCUUUAUGGAAACAAGCUAAAUGGAGAGAUUCCUAAAGAUAUUAAAUUUCCACCUCAACUGGAGCAACUAGAUCUGCAAUCAAAUUCCUUAAAGGGUGUGCUCACUGACUAUCAUUUCGCUAAUAUGUCUAAGUUAUACUUCUUGGAGUUAUCUGACAACUCUUUAUUGGCCUUGGCAUUUAGCCAAAAUUGGGUCCCAGUAUUUCCCAAAUGGUUGGAGACACAAAAUCAAUUUCAGGGUAUUGACAUUUCAAAUGCUGGAAUAGCAGAUAUGGUUCCAAAGUGGUUUUGGGCUAAUUUAGCAUUCCGAGAAUUUAUUUCAAUGAAUAUUUCAUACAAUAAUCUCCAUGGUAUAAUUCCUAAUUUUCCAACAAAGAAUAUUCAAUAUUCCCUAAUUCUUGGACCAAAUCAAUUUGAUGGCCCUGUUCCACCAUUUCUGCGAGGUUCCGUAUUUCUUGAUUUACCCAAAAAUCAAUUCUCAGAUUCUCUUUCAUUUUUAUGUGCUAAUGGUACAGUUGAAACUUUGUACGAAUUAGACCUUUCAAGUAAUCAUUUCUCUGGAAAAAUUCCUGACUGUUGGAGCCAUUUCAAGUCAUUAACUUAUUUGGACUUAAGUCAAUAAUUUUUCAGGAAGGAUACCCACGUCCAUGGGAUCUCUUCUUCAUCUUCAAGCAUUGCUAUUGAGAAACAACAACUUAACAGAUGAGAUACCUUUCUCCUUGAGGAGUUGCACAAAUCUAGUAAUGCUAGAUAUUUCAGAAAACAGAUUAUCAGGGCUUAUCCCUUCUUGGAUUGGGAGCGAAUUACAAGAGUUGCAAUUUUUAAGUUUGGGAAGAAAUAAUUUCCAUGGAAGUUUACCAUUGCAAAUUUGCUACCUAAGUGACAUUCAACUCUUGGAUGUGUCACUAAACAGCAUGUCUGGGCAAAUUCCUAAAUGCAUAAAAAAUUUUACUUCAAUGACUCAAAAGAC